AUGUAUUUUACUCGAUAUUUACGUUCACAACGACAAUCAUUAGCGCAUAUUGUUGAUCAUUAUGCACAAUAUCCGCCUACUGGAUUGACAAUCAAAAGAAUUAUUGACUUUGCACGUGACGGUGAUGCUCGACAAUCAUUUAUAUUUCUUCGUAAUGAAUUACCAGUUCGACUUGCGUCAAUGAUGAAAGAAAUGGGACAUUUACCUGCACGUCUUCUUGAAAUGCCAAGUAUUAAAACAGUGAAUGGAUGGUACGGAACAAGUUUAUUUGAAUUAUAUUCUUUUAAAGAUUUACAACCAACAAAUGAAACUGUCAGAAAAUUUACUGAAAUUUUACAAAAUAUACGAAAACGACAUAGAACUGUUAUCGAGACAGUAGCACAAGGUUAUAUGGAAUUUUCUGAUUCGGGAAAAGUUAAAGAAUAUGAAGAAUCACAAAUACAAUAUUUUCUUAAUCGAUUUUAUUUAUCUCGAAUAUCAAUUCGUUUACUCAUUUAUCAGCAUACUAUGUGUUUUGGUGACGAAGUACCUGAACAUCCUGCGCAUCUUGGCUUUAUUGAUCCUCAUUGUUAUGUACAAGAUAGCAUAAAAGAUGCAUUUGAAAAUGCUCAAUUUUUGUGUGAAGGUUAUUAUUUAAAAUCUCCUUCAUUGGAAAUUCGUAGUAUUAAUACAAUAAGUCCCGAUGAACCAAUAUGCAUAGCUUAUGUUCCAUCACAUUUGUAUCAUAUUAUGUUUGAAUUAUUCAAAAAUUCCAUGCGUGCAACUGUUGAAUAUGCAGAAAGUAGAAAAGAAAGCAAUACAUUGCCACCAAUAAUAGUUGAUAUUGUUAAAGCAAAGGAAGAUUUAACGAUUCGUAUAAGUGAUCGUGGAGGUGGAAUUCCACGUUCAAAAGUUGAUAAAAUUUUCAGAUAUAUGUAUUCAACUGCGCCAAGACCUGUAUCACUGACUGAUUCUCAGCAUUCAGGUCCAGUUCCAUUAGCAGGUUUUGGUUAUGGUCUUCCAAUAAGUCGACUUUAUGCUAGAUAUUUUAAUGGUGAUAUGGAGAUUCAUUCCAUUGAUGGAUAUGGUACUGAUGCUUAUGUUUAUCUUCAAACUGUAGAAGAUCAAGCUAGUGAAUGGUUACCAAUAUGUAAUCGAGCUGCUUAUGAAUAUUAUACAUCACGAAGAUAUCAAUCCGAUUGGACGAAAAAGAAAUAA